UAAUACGACCCGACGGCCGGUCAGGCGUCCCUUCUUUUCGCGUAUACACAAAUAGCGCGAUUCGGUGAUAAGUCGGGGGAAUAUUUUAUUUUCGACCGGUGCGACGCGCGAGAUGACGAGUUCCUUGCUCUUCGCAGCUUUCGAGAUAUAUCGCAGGCGUAGCGCGUACUCGAAAUAACAGUGGCACGUCAAAUGCCACGUUGUAUCGAGCAGACCAAUAGGAAGCAGCGCGAUAUUGUCUGCACGAUUACCAGUGACCGCUGAUGCGUCGCCGGUAAGAGAGUUGUUUUCCUCCUGCUGGAUCUUCAAAUUUCUCCCUCGGCAUAUCACCCCUCCUCGAAGCCGUUCGCGAUGAAGUACAAGCUCUACGUUACAUUCCUGCUCUUUUCCAUCUUAUGCUUAAGCUAUGUCGCCUGUCAGUAUAGGACGAAAAACAAUCAAGGCUCCUCCUUGGCGGAGCGCGUGCAACAAUUGAUGGAAAUGGCUGUGAAAAGAUCGGUGCUGAAAUUCAACGGGCCGAAAUUUAAACAGUACAUCAAAGCCACUCCGAGGAAUUACUCUGUCAUAGUUAUGUUUACCGCCAUGGCACCUCAGAGGCAAUGUCAGAUUUGCAGACAUGCCAACGAUGAGUUUACGAUAGUAGCCAAUUCAUUUCGGUAUUCCCAAGUAUAUUCCAACAAGCUGUUCUUUGUCUCUAUCGAUUUUGACGAGGGAUCUGAUGUAUUUCAGUUGAUGAGGUUAAAUACUGCGCCUGUGUACAUGCACUUUCCACCGAAGGGCAAGCCAAAGCCUGCCGAUACUAUUGAUAUCCAGAGAGUAGGAUUUGCCGCAGAAGCAAUAGCAAAAUGGAUUAGUGAGCGUACAGAUAUUCAGAUCAGGGUAUUUAGACCACCAAAUUAUUCUGGCACAAUAGCGGUAGUAAUGCUGCUAGUUCUCAUAGGAGGUUUUCUGUAUCUCAGACGUAACAACUUGGACUUUAUCUAUAAUAGGACCAUUUGGGGACUCGGUGCUUUGUUCUUCGCAUUAACUAUGAUUUCUGGACAAAUGUGGAAUCAUAUUAGGGGACCACCUUUCAUUCACAAAUCACAGAGUGGAAAUGUAGCUUAUAUUCAUGGAUCUUCUCAAGGACAGUUUGUAUUAGAAACCUAUAUUGUUAUGGUUUUAAAUGGAGCAGUGGUGUUAGGUAUGAUUUUAAUGACCGAAGCUGCAGCUCGUAAAGGUGAUGUUAAGAAGCGUAGGAUAUUUGCUGUGAUAGGCUUGGCGUUAGUUGCAAUUUUCUUUAGUCUUCUCUUGUCAAUAUUCAGGAACAAAGCUCAAGGCUACCCAUAUAGGGAGGAAUAAUUUUUGUGUUUCAGCUUACUGUUCAAAUAACUAAUUCAUGUAGGAAAGUAUUUUCACACGAUCUCCAUUAAAGAACCUGAGACCUUUGCAAUUUGAUGUGAAAUUAGAGUCGAACUAGGAACAUUUUUUUACGAACCAAGGAUAAAAUGUUAUAUUGUUACAAAUUUAUCUUAAUUUUCAUCUCUUUAUUACAAUGUAUGUAUGUAAAAUAAUCCAUCUUUACAAUGAUUCUUCUUCAAUAAAAAAAAUAAUAAUA